AGAGUACGCGAAAAGAAAGCGCUCGGACGCAGCAGUCAUGGCACCGCCAGUACCGAAAGACGGCAUGGACGCCGCCGACGAGGGGUGCUCGUCUGAUCGGCCCCGCAUCGUACUCCCCUGGAGUUUGCGGCAACAAUGCUUGGACGAAGUGGGCCGUAGCGUGUGGCGCUGGAGCAAGAGUGUGGACGAGGAGUCGGAGCCCCGUACUCCAGUUACACCCGUCACCAACAACCCGUUCGCUGAAUGCCCGCUGCAUGUGAGGCAGGAUUUGCUGGAGUGCAUCUUGGAUGACGAGGCACGCAGCCCAGCCGUGCGACGCGUAGCCGAGUUGCUCUUGGUCUGCGGUGUGGAGUCGUUUGACCUCAGCUGCCUCGAUGACUGCAGCACCGCCGACUUGCAGUUCAUCCUCACUCUACUGCAGCAAAACGGCUCGUCCCUCUGUCAGCUGACCAUCUCGGGCCUUUGGAUGUACUCACCGGAGAGCGAGGAAAUCGUCAAAAGCAUCCUCAGAUCGGCCCGCAACCUUCGUGUGCUGCGCAUUCAGGAGAUGUACAGAGACACGUUAGAAGUUUUAGUAAGGUCAUGUCCGCUGCUCCAGCGUCUGGAAGUUAUGCAUCAUUCGAUAAACGCUGACGACAUCGCUUCUGUGGCUCAAAUCGUUCAACGGGAAGCGCUGCCGAUCCAGCGUAGCCUCAUGGAAGUGCGUUUGCCAUCGUCUGUGAACGGCGAAGGGGUUAUCAGUCUGAUCGAAACAUUUCCUAACCUUCAAAUAAUCCGCUGCGUCUACCUCGAGGCAGUGCUGGACAGUCUAGAUGCUAGAGCCAGCGUGAGCAGCCGAGAAUGGUGGGUGCGGAGACUCAGCCACGUCCACGCACUGCAGAGUGGCCAGUCCAUGGGAUCAGGAAGCGUCGAAAGGUUGGUGGCAUGGUUUCCGGGUUUGGAAGAAGUUGUGCUGCACGUGCAAGAGGACAUGAACCUGAGGGAAUUAGCUAAGUUGAAGCGCCUCCGUUCAUUGGAACUCAGGAACAGUCAAACGUUACCAUCUUCCUACACCGACGACGUGCUACCGCUUCUAGCUCUGUGUGGAAAGCGACUGCUACGCCUUGGGCUCGAACACUUUGAUGUUGUUGAUUUAGCAAGGACUGACAUCAUGUGCCCCGAACUAGAAUCGCUGUCGCUGCGUUGGUUCAUCCUUCUGGGCUGCUCAAGUCCGGCAGUGAGCUCGAGGAUGGCAGCGGCGAGGCCAUUCCAGAACCUAAGGGAGCUGAGGCUGCGCCCUCGCGUCGGUCGUACGGUACCUCGAGAAGCAUGUGAGCUUCUGCUAUCACACUGCCAAAACAUCCGCCACUUAGAACUUUUCUGCUGCACCGGACUAACGGACUCGUUGGCCGCAGUUCUGUGCAAGCGCAAUGGGUUCGCUAGUCUCAAAUCUGUGCGGCUACGGCACGGCCACGGACUGAGUGCUAACGGACUACAGUGCUUUCUCUCCAGAGCGUCGAAGCUGAAGUUCUGGAAUGCAGGCAAGAUUACCCGGAGAUCGUCCCUGAGCGAAGAUGAAGACAUGGACGAGGGAGUCGACAACGUCCGUGAUUAGUGACGUAUUUCUGUGAUAAAGGGCCGCUUCUAAAUUACAGAACAUUGGAGUUAAAACCACGUGAUACGGCCUACUAAAGCCACAAAUUCAAUGCAAUUUUGUGCUUUGUGACCUUGUCUCGCUUCUUAUUUGUUGGCAUCGUGUUAAACCUAUGUGAUUGUGAUCAAAUGCUGCUUGUGUGCCUGUAAACUGCUAUUCAUUUGUGUUUGAUUUUAGGCGCGAUUCGCCGACGAACUUUCGUUUCUAGUCGCUGCCAAUCAUAGCGAUUAUCAGAGAACUUUCGUUCACGUUUUUUGCCCAGCAGCAGAAAACCUGAAGCAUGAAAGUAACGCGCACUGUUACGUUGUCCUCGUUCGUUCAGUGGUGUGCUGCUCGCUUCAUGACUUUCACUCGUGUCUGUGUUUUUCCUCGUCACCUCUCGAAUGGUACGCAGCGUGUCACCACGAUGAAGGCCACAUGUUUCUCGUGCCAAAUUGUUGAGCGCUUUAUGUACAAAACUGUUUUCAUUCCAAAGGCUUUUGUGUACGGACUGACUCAUUAUGCGGGGAAGUGAAUGCGAGCCUUUUCGCGACUGUUCUACCUUGCCACAUAAAAUAAAUCACCUUGAAUUUUUUUUUCAAA